AAGAGUACCUUUGUUGAUCGAAUCUCACGUGCCUAACGCGCUCGAGCAGACGACGCACUACUUGAAAAAAAAUAUGGCGAGAGUGAAGCACAUACCAGAAAGGGAGAAAUCUCAUCCAGGGAAUGCAUAUUUAAAACACAUAUUAAGCGAAAAACGUAUGAGAGGGAAGUAUCUUAAAGCUUUAAAAACGAGUGGGUCGAAAACGGGCGGCAUUAAAAAAGUGCGAAGGGCUCAUCACGGGUCAAAAGCUGUCGCAGAAAUCCGAAAAUUUCAACAAUCAACAAAGCUUCUGAUGAAUCGUCUACCAUUCCAACGCCUCGUUAAGCAAAUAACUGCAGAUCUCUUCAAGGAGAAGCAAUUUAGAAUACAAAGUGCUGCGCUGGAGGCAUUGCAGGAAUCGGCGGAACACUAUCUGAUAUCCCUUCUGGAGGACACCAAUCUGUGUGCACUGCACGCCCGUCGUGUUACCAUAACAACCAAGGACAUGCAGCUGGCCAGAAGAAUACGUGGAAAAUCCUAACAACAACAUCGUGUGAUAUGACAAUUAACACUGUACAUCGGGCGUAUUCAUUCUUUUUCGUUCAAAACUGCCAUUUAUUGGUCUUUUUCGAUGCACAUAAUUUCAUGGACAUGUGUGUCGUUUUGUAUUGAUUGAAUGAUACAUAAAUACGAUUGAAAUGUGUUUCAUACUAUUAGAGGUGGAUGCAUUUAAAACGUUUAUAACCAACGUAAACAUGAUGCUCUAGAUUUUGUAAACUUGUGUCCUAUAAAAAUGUGUUGUUUU